UCUUUCUUGGCACACGAAGGCUGCCACCAUGUGUGAAUUUUCCAAGCAGGAGUUCAUUGGUGGUUUACAAGCUCUUGGGAUAGAUUCACUGGAGAAGUUCUGUGACAGGAUACAAUUUAUGCAUUCUGAGCUGAAAGAUGAGCAAAAGUUCCGUGAGAUCUAUGACUUUGCUUUUGGCUGGGCAAAGGAGAAGGGUCAGAAAUCUUUGGCAUUGGAUACUGCAAUCGGGAUGUGGCAGUUGCUUUUUGAAGAAAAGCAGUGGCCAUUGGUUGAUCACUGGUGCCAGUUCUUGCAGGUAGCCUAAUGGAACAUAUAUUUGGCAAUUUUUAAAAAUUUUCUACAAAUUUGCAUGGGAGCUAGUGAAUUAUCCUAACUUGUGAUGUGUAUUCGGUAAUCAUUAAUUCAUAUAUUCCCUGAGUA